GUCCAGUCUUGUCCCUACUCGCCGACUAUCAGAGGAAGAAGAUUAUCUCCCAUUUCCCCAUUUCCUCACCACACACAGAAAAAACACUCAGACAACAACUCAAACCCGUUCAAUCUACCGGGAGAUAAUUCAGAUCUCCCACAGAGAAGAGAGAGAGAGGAGAGAGAGAGAGUGAGAGAGAGUCUGUCUGUCUGUCUGUCUGUCUGUCUGUUUGUAUGUGAUUUUGUGUUGUUGUUUGUUAUGGAUAAAAGCUGUCCAUCUUCAACCUCUGACUCUGCUCUCACUUCUGCUACUACCAGCAGUGGUGGUGGCAGCAGCAGCUCCACCAGAGACAGCUACCUCAAACACCUCAACAAGCUUUCUCACAAGAUCUCAAAACCCACAACCUCAAACAACAACAACAACUUCCUUAAAAAACCCAACUUUGAAAACCCAACACCUCCUCCUCCUCCUGUUCCUCUUCCUCCACAACCUCAACAGCAACAACAGCAACAGCAACAUCAGCCUCCGGUGUACAACAUCAACAAAAACGACUUCCGCGACGUCGUUCAGAAGCUCACCGGCUCCCCCGCCCACCACGACCGCUUCUCCAACCCGCAGCCGCCGGCGGUCCACCCGCCCAAGCCCCAAAUUAGCUCCCGGCUCCAGCGCAUCCGCCCUCCCCCCCUCGCUCACGUUAGCAACCGCCCCCCUCCCUCGCUAGAAUGCGCCGCCCCGCCCACCAACCCCAACGCCAUCAACAACUCCAUCAUUCCACCCAUGGGUUCCGCCGCCGCUCACUUCAACUCCAUUGGACGGUCCACAACCCCGCUCUCGCCUCUCCCUCCUUUCCCAACCGUACACGCGGCGGCCGAGUCCCCCGUCUCCGCCUACAUGCGGUACCUCCACAACUCAAUCUCAGCCGUCGAUGCUAACAAAAACCAGGCUUUCUCGGGAUUCUCGCCGCUGGCCCCACUCGUGUCGCCGCGCUGGACCAAUCAGACGCCGCAGCAGGGGAUGCUUUCCUCGGCGAGUCAGCAACAAGCGCCGGCGACGGCUAUAGCGUCACAGCCGCAGUUCACUCUGCCUCCGUCACCGCUUCCGUUUGGGUGCUUGAAUUCGCCUCGGUCGCCGUACCCUUUGAUGUCCCCAAAUCAAUUAGGGUUUCCUCAGCUUCCGCUCUCGCCGACAGUGCCUGUUCCAAGCCCUAGAUGGAGAGGUUUCUAAACGUUUCUUCAGGUAAGUCGAGCUCUAAACGCUGUCGUUUUAGGGUUUAGGGGUUUUUUUAUAUAUAUAUUUAUUUUAUAAAAAAGACAAGAACUUUGUACAUUCUGGGUUGAGGGGCUUAUUCAAUCACCGGUGGGUGGACGGAAAAUGGUUCACUGCCGGUUUAAAUUAGGUUUUCUUUGUUUUGUAAAUGGGAUAUAUGAGAAUGAGAGACAUGUAGGUUUGUUCUUUGUCUGGUAUUGGAUAUUUGGGGGUUAAUCAAAGGGUUAAAAAUGUUAUAUAUACAGAAUUUGUGUUGCUAAAGGAUGCUUUGUAGUUUUUUUUGGAGUUACUUAUCUCAGUUUGUGAACA